UCGGCCUGUCCUCAUCCUCUCCUCAUCCUCCUCCUCCUCUCCCUGUGCGCUCUCCCACCCAGUUCUCCAUCAGUCUUCAUGGUUCUGAUCUCACCCCACGCCAUGCAAGCCACCCGGGCGUCCACCACGGUCAGCGUGUUUGCGGACUGCAGCAUCCCGGCGGGGCUCCGGAUAGGGCCGGUGCCGGGCAUCUUCAAACUGGGGAAGUACGUGUCAGACCGCAAGGAAGUUGGACCCAAGAAGAAGAUCCGUCUGGUUCGGGGGGAGUUCGUGGAUGAGUCCGGCUGUCCCGUGCCGGACUGGAUCGGAUUCAUCCGAGCAGCCAGAAACAGUCAGGAGCAAAAUCUGGAGGCUGUGUCGGAUUUACCUGGCGGACAGAUUUUCUACCGGGUGUUGAGGGAAAUCCCGGCAGGAGAGGAGCUCACUGUCUGGUACUCCAACACUCUGGCCCAGUGGUACGACAUCCCCACCACGGCCACUCCGACGCACGACGAGAAAGGUGAGGAACGCUACAUUUGCUGGUACUGCUGGAGAAUAUUCAAAUAUCCCAACACGCUCAAGGCCCACGUUCAUUUCCACUGCGCUCUGAGCAACGGACGGGGCUUCGUGAGCAGCGAGCAGGCCAGAGGAACAGAGACCUUCAGCAGGUCCCCAAAGUCCGGAGACAUUCCCAACACCUCCGUCUCUCCGAGGAGCGGGCAGAGCAAUUCCUCCAUUUCAGACUCUGGCAGGCGGGUGGUGUCAUCCUCGCCGUUUUUGAACAAAACCGGACUGUCAAAGAAAAGCAGCUCCGAAGAGCAGGACAGGGCCCUGGACAUGAGCGUCACCUCGGCCAGAAAUCAGGGACACCUCAUCGGCCUGGGCGGCACAUCCUCGGUGCUGAGCAGCAUGGGCUUCCACCCGGGCGUGCGCUCCGCCUUCAAACCCACCAGCGUCUCCAAAGUCCCGGGCGCAGACUCCUCCAGAGAGGAGGCCAACGGGAAGCUGAGCGGCCUGGGCUUCAGCAAACUCAUUGGCAACAUGAAGCCAAUCCGCAACGUGGGCGAAGGCCUGAACGGAGGAGGAAACCACCCUCCCAAGUGCGCACCUGCAAUCCUGGACUCCGCAUCCCCGAUGGUGCCGUGCACAAAUGCAAUCCGAAGUUUCCCUUUGCUGCCUCACGUGGAGGAGACCUCAGCUUUUAAGCACGUGGAGAGCCGGAUGCACUCCGGGCUGUCCCCGUCCCGUUACCCCCAGAUGCCCCCCGGCCUGCACUUCGAGAGGUUCUCCCUGCCUCACUUUGACGGGGUCAAAACUUACGGCGGAGACUGUAACAUCCCGCUGAUGCCCUUCACCGUCUACAACGGGGAGCUUUUGUACAGCUCGCCCUACUAUCCCCUCAAAUUCCACUUCAGCAACCUCCUCAAGUACCAAGAGUCCAUGUCCUACUUUGGCGCACCGUCGCUGAGCCAAGACCUGGGCUCCAUCACAAACAUUGACCGCGAGAUCGCCAUGCACACGCAGCAGCUGUCCGAGAUCGCGGCGGAGAAGAACCGCACGCGGCUGGACUCCAUGCCGGCCGGGAGCGCCAGCAGCGCCGGGGCGGGCAAACCCAAAAAGGGGCACCUGUGUCUGUACUGCGGCAAGCUGUACUCCAGGAAAUACGGCCUGAAAAUCCACAUGAGGACUCACACGGGCUACAAGCCCCUCAAGUGCAAGGUGUGCUUCCGGCCCUUCGGGGACCCCAGCAACCUCAACAAGCACAUCCGGCUGCACGCGGAGGGAAACACGCCCUACAGGUGCGACUUCUGCGGGAAGGUGCUGGUGCGGAGGCGGGACCUGGAGCGGCACGUCAAGUCCCGGCACCCGGGGCAGACCGUCAAGAAGCUGGACGACAAACCGGGGGGCCUGUUCGAGGACGCGGAGCAGAAGAGCGACAACGACAGCGACGUGGACGUGUGCUUCACCGACGACCAGAGCGACCAGGAGUCCAGCAAAAACAAUGACUGAGGCGCUCUCUUCCUCCAAAACAGACUGCUCAGUAACUUUAACCCAUGUACACAACAAAUAUGUCUUUC